CAAAGAAGCACAAGUGUCAAGUCGCUGGAAUUUGGCAACAGAGAUUCGCAGGCAUCGCAACUCUACUGACGUCAGUAUGGAUUGACAGAGCGCCCCACUGAGAUAUAAGAGGGGUGGGAACAGCCACAGGAGUGUGUGCUAGCCUGUGUGUUUGGAUUUCCACCACUCCUUUUACUCUAACUUCAACACACACACACACAAACAUCCUGCCACAAUGUCACGGAGUGAACGGCCAUGGUCGGUGUACAGGGCAAACACUCUAGAUCUUGCCUCUGAGAUGCUUGGACUGGCACUGGAAGGAAACAGCCAAGACCCUGAUGAGCCAGUACUAGAGUUCAGUCUUGUGUGCAGUGAGCUGACCACACCGUCUCUGGACCGGAAACCCAACAGUUUUGUCGCUGUGAGCUGUACCACACCCCCUCAGGCUUUCUGGACCAAACAUGCGCAGACAGAGAUCAUUGAGGGUACAAAUAAUCCCAUGUUCCUCAGCAGUGUGGCAUUUUUCCAGGACUCCCAUAUUAACCAGCACACACAAGUCAAACUCUCUGUAUACGAUGUAAAAGAUCGCUCCCAAGGAACGAUGUACCUUCUUGGCUCAGCGAUGUUCCCAGUAAAGGAGCUUCUGCAGGAAAAGAAUCACAGACUUGACUUGCCUCUCAGGUCAGCAGAAAAUAAGCAUGUGGGUAGUAUUACAGUCAUUGCCUGGCAGCUAGAGGAGAAGAGAGAUCAGCAGACACCAAUCAAACAACUACAAGACACCAUCAACAGCAGGACUGUCCUUUCUGUGGAUGAGAGUCUGACAGAGUCUGUGGGAGUCAGAGCAAAAUAUGCCUCACUUUGGAAAGACUCCUUUCUACGAUCUGUGUUUGGGGGCACAAUGUCUCGUAUGUACCGUUUCCCCACAACUGAUGGGAAUCAUUUACGGAUCCUGGAGCAGAUGGCUGAGAGCAUCCUGUCGCUCAACAUCCCACGACAGUUCGUCAAACUCUUGCUGGAAGAGGAUUCUGCCAGGGUAUCUGAGCUGGAAGAGCUGGGCGAGUUAUCUCCGUGUUGGGAGAAUCUUCGCCGGCAGAUCGUGACGCAUUAUCAGAGCAUCCUUCUGACCUAUCAGGACACACUCACGGACUUGCAGGAUUACAAAGGUCCAUCAUUCAAAGCCAGUAAUCUGAAAGCAGAGAGGAAGUUAGAAUUUAUGCCCACCAACCUUCAUGUGCAGAGAAUGAGGGUUCAGGACGAGUCUGCCUUUGAUCACACCUAUGAUGUGGUGACGAUAGGGGCCCCUGCAGCUCACUGCCAGGGCUUCAAAAGCGGUGGUUUGCGGAAACUCCUCCAGAAAUUCGAGGAGGCAAAGAAACUCAGUGCCCUCUCCAGCUCCCAGUCCAUCGUCUAUAUCCCUCAGGAUAUUGUUCGUGCCAAAGAGAUCAUCUCCCAUAUCAACACACUCAAGACUCAGGUCAGCUACUAUGCUGAGCGCCUGUCCCGCUUUGCAAAGGAGCGUUCCGCUAAUGGCAUGGAGAGAACCCUUGCCAUCCUGGCGGAUAAGACACGGCAGCUGGUGAUGGUGUGUGACUGUAAGCUGCUAGCAUCUGCAGUGCAAGCCCUGAACGCAGCCAGACCAGAGUACAUCGCCUCUAAAAACUCCCCAUCGGCUGACUCAGAGCAGGUGAUGCUGAGGAAUGAUCAGGACACACUGCUGGCCACGUGGAGUGGCAGAAACAGUCGCUCGUCUCUUCAUGUUGAUUGGCAUGAGGAAGAGUGGGAAAAGGUGUGGGGGAAUGUUGACAAAAGUCUGGAGUGUAUAAUCCAGCGUGUGGAUAAACUGCUGCAGAGGGACAGACUGCAGAGCAGCAGCAGUGAGGACAUGUUUCAGGCUGACCAGCAGGGCGGCGCCAGUAAGAAAGGUAACAUGAGAAAACAAGCCUUCUGGAUCAACCCUGUCUGCAUGGAGGAGUCUUCCUCAGUCCCCGAACCAGAACAGCAGUCACCCUCACCACCAUCAUCAUCAUCAUCAUCAUCACCAUCUUCAUCCUCACCACCUAAUCUGAACCCUGCAUGCCAUACUAGUGCAGAACCACAUGCAUAUGGGAACAGCAGCAGUGGAGAGGAAAGUUACCCAGGUGAGUGGAGUGUGGCCCUUUAUCCCCUGUUAACGACUCUAACGGAGUGUGUGGCCAUGAUGAGUGACAAAGCCAAGAAGUCGAUGGUUUUCUUGCUCAUGCAAGACAGCGCACCCACCAUCGCUAUGGACCUCAACCUGCAGUACCGCCGAGAUGUGGUCUUCUGUCAGACACUCACAGCACUUAUUUGUGGCUUCAUCAUUAAACUGAGAAACUGUCUUCGUGAUGAUGGCUUCCUGAGACAGCUCUACACCAUUGGUCUGCUUGCUCAGUUUGAGUGUCUUUUAAGUACUUACGGAGAGGAGUUAGCCAUGUUAGAGGACAUGAGUGUAGGAAUAAUGGAUCUCCGGAAUGUGACGUUUAAGAUGACGCAGGCCAUCUCUACCUCUUCCCCUGACAUGCUGCCGGUGAUCACGGGAAAUCGCGAUGGGUUUAACGUUCGCAUUCCACUCCCGGGAAGCAUGUUUGACGCAUUGCCAAGGGAGAUUCAGAGUGGCAUGCUGCUGCGGGUACAGCCGGUGCUGUUCAACGUGGGCAUCAACGAGCAGCAAACACUUGCUGAGAAGUUUGGAGACACGUCUCUUCAGGAACUCAUCAACGUGGAGAGUCUGGCGCGACUAAGUUCUUACUACCAGCAAUUCAAGGAAGUUUUACCAGAGGACUGUCUUCCAAGCUCUCGAAGUCAGACGUGUCUCCCAGAGCUGUUGCGGUUCCUUGGUCAGAAUGUUCAUGCUAGGAAAAAUAAAAAUGUAGACAUCUUGUGGCAGGCUGCAGAGAUUUGUCGGCGACUAAACGGAGUGCGUUUCACCAGCUGUAAAAGUGCGAAGGACCGUACUGCCAUGUCAGUGACUCUGGAGCAGUGUCUGAUCCUGCAGCACGAGCACAGCAUGGCCCCACAGGUCUUCACGCAGGCCCUCGACUGUAUGCGCAGGGACACAGAAUAUUUGUUCCUUCCAACUCCAUCCUUCCUGUCCACGCUUUGAGCGAACCAAACACAAAUAAAUCACUCCUGUAGAGUGUGAUGAGAAUACAAACUGAUAAAACUUUGUUUGUUUGUUUGGCUGUCUGCUUGCCAGAUGUUCUGUGCCUAUGAAAUGAUAUGUUUUUCCCCAAACUCCCUCCUACUCGCUCAUCUACUGAUUUGAGGACAGACCUGAAGUUUCUUUUAUAGAGAAAGUGGUCUUGGGAUCGAUGCUUUUUUCACGCAUCGAUUAUCAGGAAAAAAAAAUCAGAUAUAAACCGGACAAUGUUUGGGACAAUAUGUUUGGGGGAAAAAGGGACUCUCCACCACGUUAAGCACCUGCACAUCGCCGACUAUAAACUUAGCUACACACUUUGUUAGUUAACUGGCCUGCUCCAACUUUUUAUUUGCGCUUUCCCCAAAACUCUCCCAUUUCUUUAUCCACCAUAACAUAAUAUUAUCCACAACGCUGCACAAAUGUAGGGGUGACAGAGGUGACAAUAACUUCGUAUUAAGUACAGUACAUGUUAUAUCACCCCCUUGUGGUCUCCCAAAGAUGUUACGCCAGACUACAUUAAACAGAAGGCCAACUGACUGUGAAUGGAAAAGCACAAAAUUUAGGCUUCUAACUUAAAUUUAAGCUAAUACAUUGAUACCUCAAAAACGCAUCAAGAAAAUAACAUGCUGAUCAGUUAUCGAUGUAUCGAUUUUAUGACAUUCCUACGAGAAAGUCAUGUAUACUGUAUGUCCUCCGUAUUAUGGAAGCUGAUGAAAGUUUUGUUGCUGUUGUUGAGAGAAAGUCUCAGUAUACUCAGCGCACUGUGCAUGAUCUGCCACUGCAUUGUUCUGCCAUGAAAGCCAGCAGUCUGUCUGUGCCUGAUAAGUUCCUUUCACAGGUUUACUCCUUAGCUGCAAAAACACUUUUGGUCUUUCUUUUUCUGUCACUUUAUCCAUGAGUCUAAAACAGAUGGAUCGACACCCUAUUGCCUUUUUUUCUAUCUCUUUCCAACUCUGGACACAGUGGAUGAGUGUUGCAUUGUUUUUAGCUUGUCUGUUUUGAAAUGGCUCUGUUGGUUUAUUGCAUGGUGGGAGGACGCAGCACGCUUGCAUUGCAUGGCCCAGUGCUGGCAGCAGCCAGCUUCUGGCAGACCCCCUUCUGACUAAUAUGGAGAAGCCAUCUCUCUAACUUUACUUUAAACACUCUUAAUAUUCUCUUUCUUUAUUCUCUCUCCUUCUCUUCUUUGUGUCUCUAUUGUAUUCAUUUUUCAAUGUCAUAUUGUCUGUUUAAUAUCUUUUGCUUUUACCUUGUUCUGUCAACUGAACGUGUGUUUGUGUUUGUUUGAUCUUUUUCUACUGAACAUCUGUUUGUUUUGGAUCCAUUUCUGACGGAUGGAUUGGACUUGAUGCCUUUUGUGCACUCACAUCAUCACGUCUGCACUUUAAUCCUUUUAUUGAAUUAAUUUUAUCAAUUCAACCACCUCAUUUAUGUUGGAACUACCUCUAUGGCCAUCCUUUGCAUGUCGUCCCAUUCUGUCUGGCCCUUUGUCCGUGCCCCUCUCUGCAGCAUUGGGACCAGGGAGGGGGUUACUCAGAAGAACCUGAGCGGCUUAUUGCCUGUACGUGACUUCAGGCUGGACCCCAGUCUGCUCUACUCUCUGCCCCUUCUGGCCCUGAGCCCAAACCUGCUCAUCGUUUGGGUGUUCCUCAGCAUAGCCUAUCUGCUGGCCAAACUCCGCUGCAGCUGAGCCUAAGAUCCCCUUUUUCCAGUCUUCAUGGCCCGCUUUACACCUGGCAUUAAUGUGCGUUUUGUUUAAAGAAAUAACGUUUUAAAGCACCCUGCGGAAAUAGACCGCGAACGAGAGGAUUUGGGGAGGGAAAUAAGAGAUGUGUCCAUGUGCAUUCCUGUUGAAUGGAGCACAGCAGUCUGGUUCCGGAAGUAUAAAUCACAUAAUUUUUUUCCAAAAGGGGAAUUGAUUAUUGCAAUACAAUCCAUUUUGAGUGAGAAAAAGACCAAAAUGUAACCUUUUUUACUAUAAAUGUUUUGACGCAUGCGCAGAGUGCUCUCUGAAUGAUGCAGUCGAGUCGGUCGCCCAAUCUCUUAAAAAUUAUGCAUGCAUGUGCACAUUUUAAUAUUUUGCAAUAUACUAUAAAUUGAUUCUGUACUUAUAAUUGACAACUUAAAACCUCCUAUGGUAUUGAAAAAUGGCACCUCCCUUUGGUAUUUGCAGUCAUUUUUGACUGGAAGGGUUAGAUGUGUUAGAAUUUUUAGAAAUCUUUUGAUGAUAAUGAUAAAAAACAAUUCUUCCCUGAAGUAAGAACAAUACAAUUAUGCAUUUCUUUUGGGAUUUUUUGCUAUUUUGAUCUUAUUUACAUGUACAUUUCUAAAUUGUACCAUUAAUUUGCAUAUACAAAUAAGCAUUUUUUGAAAAAAUAAAAAAUUCUGAACCUACAUUUCUAUAAGCUGAAACAUGAAGGAAAUAUGAAAAUGUGACAUAAAUUGGCAGCAGAUUGCUGCCAUCUGGUGAACAAAAUAUAAAUAACAUGACUUGAAAACCAGUAACAGCCAAUAGAUGGCUGUAGCCACCUACUGUGUAGUCUGAUGGCUUGUUGUAACCUAAUUUUAUAUUUUAUCACUAGAUAUGCAUUUGGAUAUAUAUUUAGACAUUACCAAACUAUUAUUUUGUCAAAGUUUAGCAUUUUAAAUUUGAUUUGAAGUGGUAGUUUUUGCAGUUAAUGUCAUUAUGCUUGCAAUCAAACCUGACCAUGGUGUUACAAAGAGAAUACACAGAAUAAGCAUUUUUCUACCAAUUAUUUGUUUCAAACAUCAAAAUUUAAUAUCUCAAAGUAAUUGCAUAAUAAUUUCAAGAAAAUGAACAUCAAGAAACAGAAAUUAACUGUAAAAUUCAGAAAUUUCAAUUAGAGUACAAAACAGAAGUGUGUGUGUGUGUGUGUGUGUGUGUGGGUGUAUAUGUUUUGCACUGUGGAUGUUUUAGAGUCUCACCCUGUAAUGUCUGUCUGUUUUUUUUCUGCAUUGUAGCUGAUUUAUUGAUUGUAUUUGACAGAUCAAAAAGAAAAUUGCUCUGUUUUUUGGGGGGUUUUUUGGUCUUUCCCAUUCGACCAUUUAUCGAAUCGAGCCCAAUUUUUUUUUUUUUUUUAUGUUCAGAUGGCAAAUGGUGGAAUAAGUAACCAAGUCUUGUACUGCUCAGAUAAAGGAAACCAUUUUUAUUAAAAUGAUGAAUACCAUAGGAGGGUUAAAUCAAUAGUUUUAUAUAUUUCUAUCAUUUUUAAAUCCAUGUAGUUCAUUCAUUGCACUCAUUAAAGACGUGAGGUACACAGUCUUCUACCUUUGUCUUUUUGUCCAAUUUUCAAAUAAUGUUUUGCUUCAAAUCAAUAUUUGAAAUCUUGCUAUUCACCUUGAAUCUGGUUUGUUUGGUUCAUAGUGUUUAACGCUUUUAUGAAGGAUUUGUAUUAAAUUCCUAUGGAAAAAAAUGAAUGGGAAAAAUACUUCCGGAACCAAGACGACUGAAGUCCACAGGCACGGUUGCGCUCUUAUCAUUCAUGGGAUAGUUUCAUGAAAUCACCAGAUUUUUGCGAUUGAUUAAAAAUUGACAACCCCAAUCAGAUGAUUGAUUAUUCAUUCAGUUAAAUAUAAAAUUAUUAUUUGGAGCAGAGCAUCUGAAUACUACUUGAUAGGUGCAUGCAGAUAACAACAAAGAAUUAAAAUGUAUACCUUCAUCGAUGGUUCAGAUCCAUUCAAGUCCACCUUCAAAUAUGGCUGCAGUGAUCCUAUCAAAAUCCGAUCACAAUAUGUGUUGGGUGCAUUACCAACUGGCUAUCCGAUUGUGCUCCGAUAGCAGGUGUAAAGGGGGCCAGUCUCUCGUUUCCUCGCACCAGCUAUCACAGCACUUCUUUUUUCUGUUCCUUCCUGCACUCACUCCUCCGUGGUAAGGAGCUGUGUGCAGACAACUCUGAUUUCUCUCUGGUUGAUAGCAGACUGCUUCCUUCGGCUCUUCUUGCUAACAGCUAGUCUAAAGGUCUUGAUGUUCCCUUCUGCCUUACCUCUCUUUUUUCUCUUUGCUUAUGUAAUCAUGGUUGACAUUAGGAAAAAAAUGUCAAGGAACUGUACACUCAUUUGUGACAUUACAAAUAUUCUGAAUUAUUUUAGAGGGUACACUGAAAAUAGAUAUUCAUAUAUAUUUAAGACUUUGAUUUAUUGAUUUAUUGCUAAAUAUUCUUAUAAUAUCAAACAGAUUUAUUUGUGUUAAAUAACUAUUUUUGAAGCACAUGUACAGUAUAUAACGUGCUGGUGGUCCAUGCCGUUUAUCGAGAUAUUGUUUCUGUAACCGUAUCAUGGAAUUCUAGUGAUUUUUGUGAUUGAUCUUUUUACGUCUUCCAUGUGUUUCUAUCUAAAUGCAAAGCUAAGGCCUAGCCAAAGCUAUUCUCAACUAUCAUCGCACUUGCUUAAAAAGUUUACUGCACUUUAGGCUGUUAAAUGUGUCCAUGUCUUCCCAUGUUUAGCAGGACAGAUUUUGCUCUUUCACCAUGAUGGUUUGCACUCACCAGUUUGCAGACACUUAUUAAAUAUGGCCAUUUAAGAUUGUAUGUUCAGUCAGGGAAAUCGAAAUAUGCAGUUAAGUUAUAACUACUUCUUUUAAUCAUAGUUAUGUUUGCUAUGAAAACUUUAUCAGUGAAACGUGUUUAUCACUGUCAGCUGAAUGGCAAUAGAGAUUUAAUGUAUAUGAAUCUUCAGAUUUUUCUGUGUUUUUGUAUUAUUAAAGAAGUGUUCUGGGUUCUGUUGACAGCAUCUGUGACAUGAUUACUACAGACAAUAAUUGUCAUCCCUCAUUCCUAAAAUUUGCAUGCGUGGAAGUCUUAGGGGCAUUGGAAGGUAUAAAAGCAAAAAGAAAUAUAUUAUUUUUGGUUGAACAUGGUCAUGCUGCACUAAUUUUGCACAGGUAAGAUUGGUAAGAGAUUCUGUCACACUAGUAUCAUGUUAACACAUACAGUGUAGUGUUUAAAUCCAUUUAAUCUCAACCGUUACAUUAUUUACAGAAAUGAUAUUUGAAAUUUGAAGGGUCUACAAUGUUACUGUAUUGUUUGCCAUUUCCUAUUGGGUCUUAUGAAGAACUGAGGAAAAUGUGUCUGUAUUUCUGCCCUUGACUGCACCUGGGAAGUUGGCAUUCGUUACUAUGACAUGUCAUGCAUUCAUGUGGGAAACAAAAUACAGAAGAAGCCAAACUUAAACAAUUACGCAUGGAACGAUGGCAAAAGCACUUUUUCUGUUGUACUGGUGAACAAACAUUAGUGAAAAUAAACCUGCAUCACUUAUAAACGACAUAUACUGUAUGAUUUAUUAAUGCAUGAUAUCUAACAUAUUAUUGAUGAAUUUGCUUAAACAAGCCGCGGAGGGUGAGUCAUUAGUUGACUGUCAUAUAUAACAAAUUAAUAUUAUUGAAAGAAAUGACAGAAGUUGAAAUAAUUUUGCAAAAUCAUUGCUUCCCAUUAUCUUUCAUGUCAACACACCUCUUCCAACGUCCCAACUCGUGUAUCAUCGAGAAUUCGGAGUUUCCCCACAUACGACUUUGCGGGGUGAUUCAUGUGCUCGGAACUUGGAAUUACGAUAUUUCUGACUCCACUUUAAGGGCACAUAUUUCCCGCUGGUUACAAAUGUGACCAAGAAUUAACCACAUACUUUACUUUCAUUUUUAUUUUAUUUUUCAGAAAAGGCAUGUAGUUAGUGUCAUUGGGCUCUCCGAGAAGUAAAAUACAUGUCUUCACUAAGCUGGCAAAAGAAAAGGGAUUAAAUGGGUUAAGUCUUUUGGCCAUACUUUCCAAACUGUGUGUAUUUUAACAUUUGUUCCAGUGCUAUACCUUGCCACGUAGACUUCCUUUGUAAGUGUAAUACUGUCAAUGCAAGUUUGUUCCCACAAAUUGAGGAAUGACCCAAAAGAGUUGUCUGUGGUAAUCAACAGCAUGCCUCAGAUUCUGUCGAUUUUCUACUUGCAUUGAAUCUAGAACAUUCCUUUUUAAGAUGUAUCUGUUUAGACGGUUUAGAAGUAACUUAUGCAGGACUGAUGAAUGGAAUGUAUCUGCUUUUGCCAAAUAUAAAUUAACCACUUUGUUUUUUUUUAGUCAUGAUAUCCAGGCUGCAAAGCUUCAGAAUUCUUCACUUCUUCAUAUUGUAUGCAAAUAUGCACUGUUACGAUUGGAAACUGUAUUAUUUAACAGGACUCACAAUUUAAUCCUGCAUCCCUGUGUGCCAAAUUAGUGCCAUA